CCUGGCAACCCGCAUACAAACCCUGAACAUGGCGCUAUACCUGAGAAUAAGAGAAGUUCUUAGUAUCAAUGCACGACAGCUGUGCUCUCUUUCUGGAGUUCAGCUUCGCAUCCUUCCGAGCAGCAGCUGCUUCUUCGAUGAAGCGGUCCAGGUUCAGGUGAGCGGUUUGCCUCCUGGACAGAACGUGGAGCUUCGGGCCAAACACACGGACGACAAAGGGGUUGUUUUCAAGGCCGCAGCUACAUACCGUGCAGACCAGCAAGGAGAAGUGGACCUGAGCCGUCAACCGUCCACUGGUGGGUCUUAUACGGGUGUGGAGCCCAUGGGCUUGUUCUGGUCCAUGCUGCCAGAAAGUCCUCAUAAGAAGCUACUGAAGAGAGACGCGUCCAGCCCUGCUGUCUUCCACAUCGAGGUUCACAAAGACGGACAGAUCCUCACUGAAGAGACCACCGAGAGGCGCUUCAUGGCUGACGGAGUGCAGAGAGUCCCUGUAAGACACGGCAGGUUACGCGGAACUCUCUUCAUACCACCGGGUGAAGGGCCGUUCCCUGGAAUUAUCGAUCUGUAUACGUUAGGAGGCACUGUGUGUGAGCCCCGAGCGGCUCUUCUGGCGAACAAAGGAUUCGUGGUGUUUGCGCUGGCUUUCUACGGCUACCAGGACAUGCCCAAAACGGUGGAUAGACUCGAUCUGGAGUACUUUGAAGAAGGUGUGACGUUUCUACAGACGCAGCCUAAGGUGAAAAAAUCCGGAAUAGGAAUAUUGUCAAUCUCAAAAAGUGGAGAUCUGGCUCUGUCGAUGUCCUCCUUCCUUCCCAACGUAUCAGCCACCGUCUGCAUCAACGCCUGCAACGCCAACACCCUGCUCCCGCUCGAUUAUAAAGACAUGGUGAUCCCACCUCUUAUUCCCAACCACCAGAACAUAACCAGAACACCGUCGGGCAUCGCCAACGUCCUGAACACCCUGCCAGAUGUGACAGCGGAGGAGAACCGUGGCACGGUCAUCCCUAUCGAGCGUGCCAGCUGCAGAUUCGUGUUCAUAGUGUCAGAAGAUGACAUGAACUGGAACAGCGCCUUUUACGCGGAGCAAGCAUGCAGCAGACUCAAAGCACAUGGAAAAGCCAACUACGACAUGGUGAGUUAUCCGAAAGCAGGGCACUUUAUUGAAGUCCCCUACAUGCCCCAUUACCCGUCUGGGCUCCACGCCGCCCUGGGCAGUGUGGUCGCUUUCGGAGGAGAACCAAAAGCUCAAGCAGACGCACAGGUCGACGCUUGGAGAAGAAUUCAAGAGUUUUUUAAAAAACACUUAAACGGUGAUGAACGUUUAAGAUCCUCACUUUGAGCACUGCUCAUAGCUGAGAGAGGAAAUGCAGGUGGGAUUUUAUAGAUGACGCAUUUAUAAUAUAUCUACACUCUAUGAGCUGCUCCUUCGGCAGCUCGCUCGGUGUACGUAAUUCAGAUCUUCUGGGAAAGUAAUCAGACCUUGAAUGAAAUCUAACAGGAAAUAAAGUGCCUUACGUAAAUCCUUACGUAAAAAGGAUUUACGUAAAUAAUUUUGUACGCAAAACUGAGCCAAUCCUUGUUCAAUGUUGCUCCCUCUAAUGUGAUUUGACACUCAUUAUGGACUAUGUCGAUGACUUUGGAUUAAUAAACCUUGUUACGCUAAGAAAAAUGAUGCCUAAUGAAGGAGAUUCUCUUAUAUCAUGUAUUCUCUUAUAUUAUGAGCUGCUUUCUAUACCUAUUUCUAUGUGCUGUGCGCUUUGUCUGAAUCUGUCUAGCACCUGCACAAGUAGAAACCCGCCCACGCACUCGCUUAUCUAUGUGUAUAAAUACUCCUGUUCUGCACGAAAAAACCGGACGUCUCUGUGAACAGCGUGUGCGUCGGUGUGUGUUCAUUUAGACUCUCCAGGCCUGAAGCGCUCUGCGGUCAACCACACAUAGCACAGAACUAAGAGUUACAAGAAAUAAAAGGCUGUAAGGCUGACGGAGGACUGAAGGACAUAAUCUGAGAUUCCUUAUCUCUAACACCUUCCUUGUACGUUGUAGCCUAAUAAACCGUUGUCUUUGUUUAUUUGACCCGGAGGACGAGAGUUACGCGUGUCCCGACGACGCUGUAAACCGACACAAAUCAACCCGAGACAUGAAUAUAAAACAUUUUACGGUUUAAAAAUAGUAGGUAAUAAGCCAUGACGUGCGGUCCAGCCGACUCUAGCGCUGAAGAGUCUAGAACGUCGGAGGAUUGAGGAAUUGUGAAGGAUAAAUGAAGCUCGAAAGCCACAGACACAAGCAGGAACUAAAAAUAGCCGUGUUACACCUCUGUGACAACGUCAACACCGAGCGUACCCGACAUCUGGUCAUGUGUACAUGCUGAAUCCGGACUAUUUAUCAAAAAUGAUCUUUAGAUUGUAUUUAAAAUGUACUUUUAGUCUCAAGAACUGAGAGAACAAGACACGUGGUUAAUAUGACUUAGAAUCGAUCUCACGUGUCACACGUGAGAUGUUAAACGGAUUCGCGCAUUAACGUGGAAAAUGAUCAGUAAAAAUAACGGUCAGGUAUUUUAAUGGUUAUAUUUGAAGGUAAAGUGUCGGUGAGGCGGACUGGAGUGGGCACGUGGGUGCACGUGGGGCGUACGGA